CAGAAUGCAAAUAUCUAAAUGCAAACUGUCAACAUGAACAGCUGAUUGUGAUUUGUGUGCCAGAAAGUGCAGGCAGUGGGUUAUUCAAUGCAAAAAAAUAAACAAACUUAUGUGAAAAGAGUGGUAAAUAGGAAGAAAAAGUGUUUACAAUGCUCAAGUACAUAAUUUUCCUUUGUUCGGUUCUGCAAUCCAUAAAUACUUUGAAUUUAAGCGUAACAUUACCGCUAAAUAAAACUACAACUCCGGGUAACAAAGAACUAUGUGGCCGAUAUUACUAUCUCAACGGCACUUCUACUUUAGAAGUUAAUUUUGAGGGUGUUAAUAAGAAUAUUACAUUUAUAAUAUUUCAAGUACACAGUCGUUUUUAUAAUGUUACAUUAUAUAAUAAUACAAUGAUCAAGGGCUCAUAUAUAACUGGCACCAAUGUUGGUCUUUACGGCAAAGUCGCAGCAAAGAUGGAUACAUUUUUUGUUUACAAUCCGAAUGCUAUUGAUCUGAAAGUGUAUGUUUCUGUACAUGGAUAUCAAGCUACUGACCCAAUACCAGGAGGAUGCAAUAUGGAAUUUCCAAUACCAAUAUCCCCAUUUAUGCGUACAUCAUUCAAUAAGGAUUAUGUUCUUGUGUCUGCUGCUUUAGCGAAGAACCCAAAAGAUGUUAGUUGUACAACAAUUGACAAAACAACAGUAGUAUUUUACAAACUUUUCUUGUCUGAACGAGAUUUCAGCACAGAGACAUAUUUUGAAGGAAUCAAACAAAUGAUGACAAUGGAUGGUAUAGCUGACUAUGGAGAAUAUGUCCCAGCAAAUGGUCUCCACAUGCGCCGCAUGCUCAGUGCCUAUCCGGGCACUGGGUCCAUUUAUGUGGCUGUUGCAUUCAGUAAUGACUAUCCAGAUGCCUACGCUGUGUACGUUCCUACGUCUUCAUACGCCUGUGAUCCUCUUGAUUAUCGUAGCUGUACUAAUUUAGAUGACGUAUUCUCGAAUAUGGUCUGCACAUCGUUGAUAUUCAUCGGGCUGUUCAUGUGCUACCUGGGCCACAGGUUCUUCAAGACUGAGAUGUUCCUGGUUGGCCUCUUCAGUGGUGUGUUCAUCACGUUUGUACUGAUAUCCAUCAUCGCUGAUGUGAAUAGACCAGCUCUACUGGGCGCGUCGAUAAUAUCAGGUUUGUGCUUCGGCGCGAUUUGGCUGUGUUUCUGGUGGUUCUACGGUAUACCGGUGUUCUCGGUGUUUCUACCCACACUCAAUCUUGGCUUCUUGUUUGCGUCAAUAUUGUAUUAUAGUUUACCAGGUGGUAUAGCCGUCCUCACGGAUCUCAGUUUCUGGACGAUAUUCAUAUUCGUGAUGCUAAUGACGUCGCUGCUCAGCAUAUCAACAACCUACCACACCAACAUAGCCUGCUGCGCGAUACUCGGCGCGUACGCGUUUAUAUACCCUAUCGACCACUACAUAGGGUCCAAUUUGAAGUACAUCCUCGUCAAUACGGUGAGACGAGCGGUCGUGCCAAACUUCAACAAGGCUGUGAUAUCGCCACCAUUUGAAUGGAGUGACGCGUCCCUCGUUGUGGUGUGGGCGGCUGUAGCGGUGACGGGUUUCCUGUUGCAGCGGCUUCACAAUCGCGGCCGCCCGCCCUUCCCGCCCCCGCCCAGGAGUGUCCGCCCAGCACCGUCUAUGUACGGGAGUGCUGACGUCCUUGCUAGGAGGCACUAUCAGUACGAGAAUGCCUACGCUGUGCCAUCGACAUCACAAAGCUCCGAAACAGCACCACUAUUGUCGACGGAAAAUUAGAUAUUGUACUGAAUUAAGAUACUAUGGUCGAAUCUUCGUCACUGAGACCAAUUGACCUUAGUGAGUCGGCUAAGAAAUAAGAUUAAUUCAGACAGCAACGCGAUACGUCCUUGCAUUUCUAAAUUUGUUUAGAUUUGACAGCUUUUCACGACGUCUCACUCAAUUGAAAUCUGUCAAAUCCAUACUUUAUUAGAAAUGGAUCUACGCGUCGCGUUACGGUCUGAAUUGACCCUAAGCCACAGCUGAUAAGGAAACGCAAGCUUAUAGUGUACAUUAUAAUUUUAAAAUCAGUCGCGUAAGCUGUUAGGUGUACGUUCUCAGCGGCGCAGAUAAGUUUUAUUUGGCCUUGGACGAAAAUGUGGACGAAGGACUGAUGUGUUUAAGCAUACUUUACACGAUAUUAAUUUAGUUAUUAAUAAUAAGACUGU